GUGGCGCAGAGCUCAGAGCGCACAGAGAAGUGGGAGUGAACGUGACUGCAGCACAGUCUCCCAGCAUGUCUGAACCGAAGCGAGGUCUCGUCUACUUGAUCACCGGGGGCUGCGGCUUCCUCGGCAGGCACCUGCUCAGGGUUUUGCUGGAGAAGGAGGACAAACUGGAGGAGGUGCGGGUGUUCGACAAACGCAUAGACCCAAAUUUAAAAGACCAGAGCACAGAGCGGACAAAGGUGGUGGUCAUUCAGGGGGACAUCACAGACUACAACAGUGUGUUAGAGGCCUCCCGUGGGGCUGACGUUGUUAUCCACACAGCCAGCUUGGUGGACGUUUGGCACAGAGUCCCAGAAAAUGUCAUCUACUCAGUCAAUGUCACAGGAACGGAGAAUGUGAUCAAUGCCUGUGUGGAGUGUGGUAUCCAGUACCUGGUCUACACCAGCAGCAUGGAAGUGAUCGGUCCCAACAUUGAUGGAAAACCCUUUAUCAGGGGCAAUGAAGACACGCCUUACCCAGUGAAACACAUCAUGGCUUAUCCCAAGAGCAAAGCAAAAGCAGAGAAGAUUGUGCUAGAAGCUAAUGGAAAAGAGCUGAGAGGUGGAGGGUGUUUAUACACAUGCUCCCUGAGGCCGACAGGGAUCUAUGGCGAAGGGCAUGAGCUAAUUAGGGACUUCUACAAACUGGGUGUUGAAAGAGGAGGCUUAAUCAUCGGGGGUGUCCCAGACAACACUGAGCACGGGCGAGUCUACGCAGGCAAUGUGGCCUGGAUGCAUUUACUUGCAGCCCGAGCGCUGAGAGAGCGCCCGCAGUCGGUCGGAGGUGAGGCUUUCUUCUGCUAUGAUGACUCACCCUACAAGAGCUACGAGGAUUUCAACAUGCUUUUCCUUUCCACGUUUAACUUUCGAAGAGUCCGCAUGCCCACACUGGUGCUCUGGUUCCUGGCCAUUUUUAAUGACCUGCUCCGCUGGAUACUGUGCCCCUUUUAUAACUACGCACCGUUGCUGAACCGUUACACCUUGGCUGUGGCGUGUACUUCCUUCACAGUGGGCACAGACAAAGCCCUACGUUAUUUCCAGUACCGCCCCCUGUAUGACUGGGAUCAGUGUCGAGCUCGCACACAGAAAUGGGUUGACACAUUCCCUCAGGAUAACCUCAAAGACUCCUAAUGAUACCUCAUCUACUGCAAUACACAUCAGAAGCUGCUAUGUAGACUUGCAGGACACCAAAGUAUAUAACAAAAGGCAUAUCCUGCGAUUAGUGUGCAUAUAGACAGUCAAUAAAGUGCAGAUUAAUAAAGCAGAUCUCAGAGAUUUUCUGUUGUUUUAAGAUAUUUUAGUGAGUGUUUCUGCAGUGAUUUCUGUCUACAAACUCCCAAAAGGGCCGUCUUAUACCACUAACUGAAGUUUCUUAACAAAAAUGCAGUAUUUGUCUUACAGUCUUAAAGCAUAGCAGAUGUAUUUACAUUCUCUCAGACUCAUGCAGUAUUUAGGAUUCAGUCAUCAGUUCAGCUUUUAAUAAAAAAUGUCAUUAUAAAUAACUUUUAAAACAGAAGUUCCAGAGACGUAAAACCAAAUGUUAAAAGGUGCAGAGAGCAGAAAAGGCAGUAUCAAACACAGAGUUGUAGCUAUGAAAAGGUGCUUUUUUAAAAAUGGGUUUUAGGAAGUCCUGUUUUAAAAUAUGACACUGAUUUUGUAUGGGCUUUGCUCCAAAGAGACGGGGCACUGACUACAAAAGUCAGAGACUGAUGCUAAUCUGUUAAUACUGCACUUGUUAUGUAUGCGUUGUCCGCCAGUCUAGCAUUAAUAGCUUAGUUAUAAUGAAAAAGUAAUGAAAUUACUGGUUAAUGUGUUAAUAUUAUCACAUUAGAGUGUAACAUCAGUAUUUGUUACUAUGUAAAUUGUAACCAAUGUAAACACAAUUUACAGUCAUUUACUACAUGUAUAUGGACUUUAGUAAUAUAUAUAUAAUUGAUACUGAUAUUUAAAGAUUAUAUUUGUAAUGAUAUUGAUGGAAAAGUAUCCUGUUUAGUGUGUUAAAUUUUUGUAAUUUUGAAUAAAGAUUAUUUAUCAUAUAUUCUCCA